AUGACGCUCGAAGAUUUUGAAAAAUCGCUAGCGGAGGAGCAGGAACAAAGACGCGAGAAGAGCGACAGGAGUAGGCAUCGCCAUCACCGCGACCGUGACCGUGAUCGUGACCGUGACCGUGAUCGUGACCGUGACCGUGACCGCAGCCGAGAGCGCAGACACCACCACCGCCGUCACCGUUCGUCCAGGUCGAGGGAGCGCGACCAUGAGAGACGCCGGGAUUCGCGGCGUAGCGAGGACGACGGACACCGUCAUAAGCGAUCGCGCCAUUCGACCGACCAUGGAGAUGAUCGUGACCAUGCACACAAACGCCGACACCGCGACAGCAGAGACGAGGCGGACGCGCCUGCCCCAGUGGAGGAAGUCGUGCAGGAGGAGCCUACUCGCUUGAAGAGAGAUGCUUGGAUGGAGCCGGACGGAGUCGAUGUUGACUACGUUCAGCGACGCAAUACGACGCGUUUGGAGGAGGAACCGAAGCCGAAGAUGCUACAGGCGGACUUUGAGCUGAAAAUUCACGGCAGGGAGCUCAACACUCAUUUACACGAUUUGAAGGAGGGCAAAGUGCUAGAAGAGAUUGAAGAACAACCUGCGCAGCAUGAGGUGGACUACACGUUUGGUGAUGCGGGCGCUCAGUGGAGAAUGACUAGGCUCAAGGCCGUCUAUAGGGAGGCUGAAGAGACGGGGAAAUCUGUCGAGGAGGUUGCCUUGAACCGGUUUGGAGACCUACGCUCAUUUGAUGAUGCACGAGAGGAGGAAGCAGAAUUGGACCGCCGCGAACGGUACGGUGAAGGCUACGUGGGCAAGGAGAAGCCUACAGGUGAACUCUUCCAGGAGAGAAAGCUAGAUGAGGGUGUCCACCGCGAUCCCCAUGAAAAUCUCCGCAGUCCCGGAAAGGAACUUGAUGCCCAGGGCCAGGGCAAGCCAAUGGAAACUGUGCCACCCACAAGCACAACACAACAUCUGGACCUGACGGCUCUCAACCGAUUGAAGGCACAAAUGAUGAAGGCCAAGCUCAAGGGCGCGCCAGACGCAGCAGAGCUUGAGGAGCGCUAUAAUGCAGCUGCAGCGGCCAUGUCAAACCGGAAGGAAUCUGAUGUGGUGGUUCUGGGCGUCAUGGAGAACCGGAUGCUGGCUGGCACUCGAAACGAAGUGAAGGCAGUUGAGAACCGGCGUGGCCGUGAACGUGGCAAAGUAGAGGAGAACGACGAAAUGACAAUCGAGGACAUGGUUCAGGAAGAGCGUCGCACCAGGGGGCAAUUUGGAGGCGACGGACGACGGAUGGCGGAGCGAAUCGCCAAAGACUCCAAGUUUGAGAAUGACCUGGAAUAUAUGGACGACAAUGCCUCCAAGCUGGCCAAACGGGUACACCGAUCAGAGAUUGACAUCAAGAACAUCACCAUCAACGAGCUACAAAAGAUGAACCGCAUUCUCGACAACUGUCCUCUUUGUCACCACGAAGACACAAAUGCGCCGCCCAUUGCACCCGUCGUGGCAUUAGCAACGCGGGUCUUCCUCACUCUUCCCACGGAGCCCGAGCUCAACGAGGGCUGUGCCACCAUUGUUCCCAUCCAGCACCGCACGAACCUGCUCGAGUGCGAUGACGACGAAUGGGAGGAAAUCCGGAACUUCAUGAAGAGUCUGACCCGCAUGUAUCAUGACCAGGGCCGCGACGUGAUCUUCUACGAGAACGCGGCUCAGCCGCAUCGCAAGCGACACGCAGCCAUGGAAGUAGUACCUCUGCCCUACAGUCUCGGAGAGACAUCUCCGGCCUUCUUCAAGGAGGCCAUCCUCUCCUCAGACGCGGAGUGGUCGCAGCACCGCAAGCUUAUCGAUACCCUUGCCAAAUCCAAGCAAGGGAUGGGACGGAGUGCAUUCCGACGGUCGAUUGCGCGGGAAAUGCCCUACUUCCAUGUCUGGUUUGAGCUGGACGGCGGACUGGGCCAUGUGGUUGAGGAUGAGAACCGUUGGCCUCGGGGGGAUCUUUUCGCCCGAGAAGUCAUCGGAGGAAUGCUGGAUCUGGCGCCGGAUGUGAUUAAGCGGCAGGGACGCUGGCAUCGCGGUGGGGAUCGGCGGGUGGCUGGCUUUCAAAAGCGAUGGAGGAAGUUCGACUGGACGCGCGUGUUGGUGGAGGGCGCACCCUAA